GCUUUCACAUAUUUCGGGCAGUUUCAAAAUGGUGGAGUUUCACUUGUUGUGUACAGGUGGUUGCUUUGGCAGCGAUGUGAACCACCCUUAACCCUCUUAAUCUAGCUCACCUUUCUUACAAGACGGAUGCAGCACGCUUUAAGUAACUGCACGUACAGCGUACUUUCUUGAAGAUUCGUUCUUGAGGAGUUGAACCAAGAUAUUCGGCGAUUUAGAGGGAGAGUUGAAGUUGUCGUUUGGCAACAGGACUUGUCAUCAAACAAGAAUCUUGUCUUGAAGGUCUUGGGACUUUCUUAUUGUUUCCGUCCUACAAGACAUAAGGAGAAAGUCAGUACAGUUUCUUGGAGGAAUACAGACCAAGAGCAGUGAGGAUGGCGCUGUACUUUGACAGUAAGAUCCAGAGCCCAGAUGGCAUGGGACCAUGUUCUAACCUAGCCUGGCACAGAACACACACUGUACUGGCUGUGGCUGCUACUACAAGUGUGGGGGGAGGUGCUGUCAACCUCUUCAUGGACGAUGGAGAGCCAGUUCCGGACGGUUGUAUCCAGCGAUCAUCACAAGUCACAUGCAUGAGCUGGCACCCGAACUACCGCGUACUGGCCAUGGGCUGGGAGAAUGGGGACGUCCUGAUGUGGAACGAUCAGGACAAGGAGCUGCACGAGGCCAAGUCCAUUCACGACGCGGGGGUGGCCAUCCUGGAGUGGAGCACCAACGGGACUCGUCUACUGUCUGGGGACAAGAAUGGACUGAUCACCGUGUGGAAGAUGGAUGGUAAAGGCAGAGCCCAGGCCACCCCCUUCUGUAAACACCAGAUGGAACAGUCCGUCUCGGUGUGCCUUGUGAGACCAGGGGCAGCCGUGGACCCAGAAAAUGACAUCAGCGGCCUAGCGCGGGCUGCCGUUAGUGGCGACGAGAAGGCCCUGGAUAUGUUCUCCUGGAAGAAAUCCCUCGGCUCCAAAAUCACCCUCGGUCCUUCCGAGGGUCUAGCCUUCUUCCUCGGAGGAAUAGAUGGAGAUGUCUACUACCUUGAUGACAAGGGCAAGAGUUCGAAGGUCUUCACAGCGGAUGGACCAAUAGAGAAGCUGCUUUACUAUGAAGAGAAGAACAUUCUCGUGACCGUGACCUCUGGUCUCGUUCUGACCCAGCACAGCGUAUCGUCCGAGGGCGCCUUUCAGGAAGUAACCAAGGUGAAACUGAGUGGGAAGAUGGGACAGUUGAACAUCAUCUGGGCAGGACGAGGCCUGAUGGCCACAGCUACAGGGGAGCCACUCAUCAGAAUGUGGGAUUUGGAGAAGGAUGACAACUAUGCCCUGCCCCUGCCUAUAGACAGCACUGUCUCUUUUACAUCUGGGGAGUCGGUCAACUGUCUGUCAUUCUGUUCCAAAAAAGGUGUCCUCGCUGGUGGGACCACUGAGGGUAAGGUGGUGAUGUGGAAGUACGCUCCGGCACCGGGGCUCGCGGGAAAGAAGCAGGACGGAGACGCCAAGUGGAAAUUUCUAACACCGACUGUGUUAGAUGGAAACAUAACCCAAAUACAGUGGGGCUCAUCUUUAAACUUGCUCGCUGCGAAUAUUGUGGCGACCGUUAUCAUUCUGAGCGAGCAGUCUAUGAGCGCCCACUUCCGAGAUGGCGUGACAGCAGUGCAGGUGUCAUCGACCCAGCUCUCUAUCGACAGUUUCACCACCAAGGCUCACUACGACCUGAAGACAGAGAUUCAAGUCAAAGGAGUGUAUGUCACGCAGGAUCACUUAGCGGUGUGGAACGGAAAGAAGCUCGUAGUUUACGACAUCCCGUCCGACAAGAGCGGAGUGAUACGAAUGACGGGCACGUUCCAGACGGACUCGGCGCUGGUGUGCAUGCACGAGCAGAACGUGUACACGGUAGAACCCGGGAAGAUCCAGGUGCGAAACUUCCAGGGCACGGUCAAGCAGCUCCUGACGUUCUCGGAGACGGAGGGGGAACCCAUCGCCAUGGACGUGUGCGGUCAGUACCUGGUCGCGGGAACGAGCACCAACUUCCUCAGGAUGUGGGACCUCUCAAGAAGGGAAGCAAAGCAACACUGCAACCCAAAGAACCUAGGAGAGGUUAUACCAGAACUGGGUGCGAUUGUCUCAGUCAAGAGCAAUUGCAAUGGCAGCAAAGUAGCUGUCCUCAUAAAAAAGACACAGGGACAGCUGGACUCCAGACUAUGGAUCUAUGAUGUGGAACUGGACAGUGUCCAGUAUUUUGACCUGGCCACAGGAAUGGGAGAGUUAGACGAGCUGACCUCGGCACAGGAGGCCACGGGGGAGGAAGUGUCCGAAGAGCAGAGGGGUAGAUCAGAGGCAGCUAAAGAUGUGGCGGGCAGGUUCCCCAGGGUUCAGUACUGGGACCCACAGGAACCCAAGCUUCUGACAUGCGAGGCCAUUCUACCUCCUCCUUCUGAUGACAAGAAAGGUUCCAAGACGUCUUCACUCAGUGUUGUUGACGUUCAGCCGGAUGUUAUGGUGGUGUCGUUGUUCAGUACGCCAGAACACGGUAUACUCCUGCAGGACGCGUAUGCCACAGACCCGGCACACGACACUCUCAUCGGACUGAAAGUCCCUCACUUCUACUUCACCAAGAAGGCUGGAGAGUCUGCAAAAACAGACGCCCAGUCCAGUACGACGUCCUUGGUGCCCGAAAAUGUGGCUCAGCGUACGAUGCGUGACUUCAUCGGACUAGAGGAGAGCGAUAAGAACUCGCGGGAUGCCAUGAUGAACUUCAGUUACUUCUUGACGAUAGGGAACUUGGACGAAGCCUUCAAGGCAAUAAAACUCAUCAAAAGUGAGUCAGUGUGGGAGAACAUGGCGAAGAUGUGCGUGAAAUCCCGCCGACUGGACGUAGCACGGGUUUGUCUAGGAAACAUGGGGCAUGCCCGCGGGGCGCGGGCGCUGAGAGAGGCAGACAAGGAACCGGAACUGGACGCCAAGGUGGCCGUGCUAGCUAUACAGCUAGGACUGAACGAGGAUGCAGAAAGACUGCUGAAACACUGCCAGAGGUAUGACCUGCUGAAUGAGCUGUACCAGUCCACCAACCAGUGGAACAAGGCACUGGAGACGGCAGAGGCUCACGAUAGGAUCCACCUCAGAACCACCUACUAUCACUACGCCAAGCACCUGGAGGCACAGAACGACCUGCUAGGGGCAGUACCCAAUUAUGAGAAGUCAGACACCCACAGAUUUGAGGUGCCUCGAAUGCUUUUCGACGACCCCCAGUCGCUUGAAGCCUACAUCAUGAAAACCAAAGACAAAGCAUUACGUAAGUGGUGGGCCCAAUAUAUGGAGAGUACAGGGGAAAUGGAGGCAGGGCUACAGUUCUACGAGGCAGCCGGAGACUACCUGUCAUUGGUCAGAGUCUACUGUUACUGUGGCAACAUGGACAAGGCAGCUGAGAUAGCCAAUGAGACGGGAGACAGGGCGGCGUGCUACCAUCUGGCCCGGCAGUACGAAACCCAGGACCGUAUCAAGGACGCUAUCCAUUUCUUCACCCGGGCAGGAGCGUACGGCAGCGCCAUCAAGCUGUGCAAGGAACAUGGAUUUGAAGAUCAACUGAUGAACUUGGCAUUACUGAGUACCCCUCAAGACAUGUUGGAGGCAGCUAGAUACUAUGAGAAAAGGCCCGGGAUGGAGGACAAGGCUGUUAUGUUGUACCACAAGGGAGGUCACUUCUCCAAGGCCCUGGAGUUAGCCUUCAGAACGCAGCAGUUUGCUGCCCUACAGCUGAUCGCAGAGGACUUGGACGAAAAAACGGACCCUGUCCUGCUCAACAAGUGCGCCGACUUCUUCAUGGAGCACGGGCAGUUCGACAAGGCCGUGGAGCUGUUGGUGGUCGCCAGAAAGUAUGUUGAUGCCCUGGAGCUGUGCAUGCAGCACAACGUGACGAUCACGGAGCCCCUGGCCGAGAAGAUGACCAUCCCGAAGGACUCGACGGAGUUCGACGGGGAGUACCGUACGCAGCUUCUGGAGAGGCUGGCAGACUGCUGCAUGAAGCAAGGCUCGUAUCAUCUGGCUACUAAGAAAUACACACAGGCUGGGAACAAGAUCAAGGCCAUGCGGGCUCUCCUAAAGUCCGGCGACACGGAGAAGAUCAUUUUCUUCGCGGGCGUCUCCAGACAGAAGGAAAUCUACGUCAUGGCCGCCAACUACCUCCAGUCGCUGGACUGGCGGAAAGACCCGGAGAUCAUGAAGAGCAUCAUCGGGUUCUACACCAAGGGCCGGGCCCUGGACUCGCUGGCAGGGUUCUAUGAUGCAUGUGCCCAGGUUGAAAUAGACGAGUACCAGAAUUACGAGAAGGCGCUUGGCGCCCUGAGCGAGGCGUACAAGUGCAUGACAAAAGCGAGGAUGAAGAAUGCCUCGGAGCAGGAAGAGAAGGUGGCCAACAUCAAGCACAGAGUGGCCCUCAUCAAGAAAUUCCUGCAAGCCAGGAAGGUGUAUGAAGAUGACCCCGAGGAAACCAUGAAGCAGUGCCAGGUACUACUGGAGGAGUCAGACUUGGACUCUGCGGUUAGGAUCGGUGACGUCUACGGACUCAUGAUCGAACACUACGCACGUCAGGAGAACUACCCAAGGGCCUACCAGCUGAUGGAAGAGAUGAGACAGCGCAUCCCGACCGUCAACAUGGCGUACUACGUCAACAUGCGUACCAUCGAAGCCGUCCACCGUGCCUUGGACAUCCCGCUGGGCCGCGGGAUGGGCGCCGAGAAAAACAUGCGGACAGAAAGUCUGGAUGAGGAUGAAGGGGAAGAAGUGGAAGAGGAUGUAGCUGAGGACUAUGAUGAUCAAGUCUAACUAGUUCUACUCAAGUUUCUUAAAGGUCCAUUUUGUAACAUUUUGGCCCAAAAUUUGAAAAUAUUAUAGAGAA